UAGAGCGCUGCAGCAUCAGCGGAUGAUGAGGAGUGAAGGCCGGGCCGCUGCGCCCCUCCACCAGCCGCAUGUUUCCGCACACCGGUGUCACACAGCCCAUAAGAAAUGAGCCGGCGAACUAGAGGAUAGUAACCUUUUUUGGGGCAUAGCCACUUAACAGAAAUGGAUUUCCUCACCAAAGCUCACGUUUAAAACUGCUGGCUGAAAUCACUGCAAGCUAGCAGCAACAUCACUUGGCAGCACGGGGAGACGUGUUCCUGUGAGCUGAGCACCGCAUACAUUCCUCCGGUUGCUGGAUGACAAACGCCAAGCCUAUGGAUACAGAGAUUUCUAGUCGGAGUGGGGCGAAAUGCAGGAAUGCUUGUGCCGCUGUUUGGGAAAACCGGUUGUGAAGUUUAACCGCCGCUAAAGCGGUGACUGUGAAGCUCGUGUGUUUUUGCAGUCAGCACAAUCAAGGUGACGGCAGCUAGCCCGUUAGCUCUCGAGCUAUUCGGGCAGUGUAUGACAGGGAACAGAAAACGCACUGAGCGCGUUUGAUAUCAAAAUUAUUGCUAAAUUGAAAGAGCAAAGCACAUGAUACAUCUGUGUGCACUUUUUAUCUGCACGGUGGUGUACUUUCUUAUUGGAUACCACUAACGUUAGUGCUGGAGGAGAAGCUUGAUAUCUGGGCGGGGAGAAAAACUUAACAUAGCCUAUACAGUAUGAGAAUUUGAUAAUACUACACAUCAAACUUCCGUGCUUUUUUAUUUGUAUUAUUUAUUUUUUAUACGUAAGCCGAAUAUCUUAAUGUUAACCCAUUACAUCCCGCUAUAUGUCAUAUCGAUUCUGGCAGUGCACUACUGUAUAUUUUUAUAGUGACUAACGUUACUUUACGGUUGGUGCCAAGCAAUAUUGUCGUAUCAUCACUAACGUUUUAUUAAACGCAUUCCGGUAUUUGUUUACCGAAAAUACACCUGUCUGACUUCUUUCAGGUCGAAAUGUCCUGUAAAUGAGACUUUUGUAUCCGUUUUUUGCAAACACACAGGUCUCAGAGCGCUGGUAGCUUGGAUGCCAACGCUCAGGACGGACAGAUGAUGAUUCACUCCAUGGGAAUAUAAGGAAGUUAUAGCCUACUGAACCGAGAACACGGCUUCGCGUUCCCGAUGGUGAAAUUAUCCAGCGGCUGUUUGAUGAGCAGCAAACGAAAGCCACCUCUCCUCGGGUCGCCUCUGAAGUCGAGCUGACAGAAGCUGAUGGGGUUUUGUUUGAAAGACUUGAGCAGGGUGUGACCGCACUUCGUUUAAAUGUUACAUGCUGCACUGUAUAAAUCAGCAAAGCUCACUAUGAACGCAGCCUGGAAUUUCUACGUCAACCCGUGUGGAUGACGCCGCCGCCACCGCUCGAAAAUAAACCGUCGCUAAGGCAAAAGUCUUUUUUUUUUAUUCUUUCGGCUUAAUAACCGGUCUGUUAGCCAUGUAGCUGGCUGCACAUGACCGGACUGGACUUCUCUGACUGUCUAGGGUGUCAAAUCUUUUUUUAGUGUGUUGUACGUGUAAGUGUAGAUGUAUAGCGUAGUUAUUUUAGAGUCGUCGUUGUGACUGUUCCUGGUUGCUAUGGCAUUUUUAAACGGUCCCAGACUGCUGGACUGGGCAAACUCUCCUCCACAUUUACAGUUCAACAAAUAUGUCCUGACUGGUUAUAGACCCAUUUCUUCCGUCCAGGAGUGUAUCAAGAGUCUCUUCUAUCUGCACAAUGAGCUGGGAAACAUCUACACACAUGGAAUCCCUCUGCUCUGCUUCCUGGUGCUGCUCCCACUCAACAUCCCCUGGUCGCAGAUCACCGUGACGUGGCUCGGCGUGGUGCACUUCCUGGCCUGCCUGUCGCCGCAGCUGGGCUCCGUGGUCUACCACCUCUUCAUGAACCAUGAGGGCGGCGAGCCCGUCUAUAAAACCCUGCUCACGCUAGAUAUGUGCGGAAUCUGCAUGAUCAACACGCUAGGAGCUCUACCCAUCGUGUACAGCACUCUUCUCUGCUACCCCUUCACCCGCACAGUGGCUCUGCUGAUGUACAUCCUGCUAUCCAGUUACGCCAUCUACUGUGCCAUCACAGCACGCAGCAGAGUGCGGCGUCUGCGUUCCUUCGCCUGGCAGCUGCUUUACCGCUUCUCAUUUUUCCUCCUGCGCUCAGUAGGUGUGGGCGGAGGGAGUCCCACCUCACUGCGCCACUUUCUCACCAUGGAUGCCCUAGCAGUGUUGGGCGGUGUCAUCAAUAUCACACGAAUCCCCGAGCGGUUCCGCCCAGGCCUCUUUGACUACUGGUGCAACAGCCAUCAAAUCAUGCAUGUGCUGGUGGUAGUCUCCAUACUGUACCUACACUGGGGGGUGCUGGAUGACUUAUUGUGGAUCAACACCUAUCACUGUCCCACAGACUGACAGUGGCCCCUGCUGGUCUGGAAUCGUGGGUAAUAGGGCGCGAGGACCUCUUUUAGGAACGAGUCGUCUGGGAAUGCGACGUUAUUGGGAAAAGAACGGUAUGGGUUAGGGGGAGACUGUUGUGCUUUGUAUAUAAAUGUGUGCACGGAAGUCCAUAAGAAGUGUUUUACAUGUUUUUAGGAGACACCAGUGCCAGCUUCGACACACAUGCUUGUUUGUGCUGUCAGUAGCCAGAAUGUACAUAUCUGUGUUUGCAUAAACAUUGUCUGUGCAUGGCACUGUUUAGACCUACUAGCUCAAACAAAGGCAAAUUUUGUUUUGGUUCGAGACCUACACAUUCUAUAGGCGUAUACACACAAACAGGAUCUGACAUUUUUUGAUGUCAUAUAUUCACCAGCGUUUAAAGCAUUUAUUAAAUAGCCUCCAAGUUUAGUUUUAGCUGAACAAUAAAAGAUAACAUUGAGCCCUCAAAUGAUUGGCUCUCGAAAAGCGAGACUUAACGUAUCACAACCUAAAACUCGUUGCUCAGAAUAGCAUGGCUUUGUGAAAACUAAUCACGGUUUGUCUCUAUUCUCAAUUUUGCUGGUGACACAAACAAAGAUCGCUGGUGUGGAAAUGUAUUCACCGCCAACUUUCAACUUGCUACUCUAGUGCAGACUAUGCAGCAUAUCAGAUGUUAUAUCAAUGCUAACACUACAAACACUCAAAAUGUACUGUAAGUCCGAUCUCACAGCAACAUUUACUGGAAAUACUUGAGUUUAUUUUAGCUGUUUUAUCAUGCUUGUGUCUUUUUUCAUGCCGUCUCCCUGUUCAGGUCAAUAUUUUUCACAUUCAUGCCAGUUAACUGUAAGUGAAGGGGUCAUUCCUUGGGUUGUAGCCUUUAUUUAUUUAUUUAUUUAUUUAUUUAUUUAAUUAUUUAUUUGCUAGUUGAUUAAAUUUGCUGAGUGCUCUUUUUAAUUUUUGGAUUGCCCUCCGUGACUUUGAUUAUGUUUGUUAGCAUCUAAGGGGCAUUUAUGUAAUGUCGUGUUUUUGCAGGAGCACGACGGAUAACACCCUGGGAAACAUUUCACGUUACCUGCAGAAGAUAUUUUAUCUGUUGUGACACUGAGCAGUCGAUUCCACCUUGUACACUUUUGGUUUUAAUAUCCAAGUCUGUAGUUGGGAAGAUUGGAUUUUGUACUGCUCUAAAUUAGAUUUCAUUUCUUUCUGACCUUUAACCUCAAUUAUCCAUGUAACCUUGGAUUCAAGACGAGGUAAAUUAUUUUCUUAAUGGCCUGCUGUUUGCACAAAGGCUUUAAUUCUCUGCUGGCUAUCCUCGACCAAUGCAUACCUGAUGUUCCUGCUUAAUCGGAUGUGGAAGAGGAAUAUUAGGCUCCAGAAUGCAGCAAUAUUACACAUGCCGAUACACUAUGAAUUCUCUAAUGAAGACUAGGAGAAUAUUUGUUACUGCUCACUUGUUACUGCCAAAUUAAUUCGAAGGUUUAUCCAAGUCUAAGUCUAAUUGAUUGGACAUAAUUUAUAAUAGCCCCUCUAAUUUAAGAUAAUUUAUCUACUUAAAAUGCGAUUUAAUGUAAAAAAAAAAAAAAGAUUGCACUAUGGAGAUGUUGACAUCCAUCAAACGGGUUGUGUUUUGUGACUGACUUUUUGCACAUUAGAAUUUGUUACGUUAGCAUGCUUAUGCACUACUGAGCGGAACAAACCAAGAAUGACCCUUCUAAGGGCUGGUUCACACAAAAUGCGUUUUAGUUGGUAAAAACAGGCUCGAGACUCGUCUUUAAUAAGUUGAGCUUAUUUUAACUUGAGUGCCGCGUUUUUAGAGCUUGACGUGAACGCUCUAAAACUUUUACAUAGGAAAGUAAUGGAAAAAUGGAAAAACGCGUUCUGUGUGAAUGGCCCCUAUCUCUCCCAACCUCACUAGUUUUAAAGAACGGACAAACAAAUGACACAACUGUGAAAACUUUGUUGACACAUUCACAUUGUAGCUUUCAGAAUGAACAUCAGUGAGGCCUGCCAUAAAUUUCAGUUCAAUUACCUCCAAUAUCCGUAUCACUGGAAUUCUAUUUAUGAUAUUUAUGAUGAUAUUUUACUGUUUGGAAGUAGUUUUUGACGAUAUUUGAUUUGAAUGCAACUUUUUUAUUUGAUUAUUAUUAGUUGGGUAUCACAUAUCUUUACAUAACCACACUACUCUGAUAGUCCUAUUACAGAGGUCAGACCUAUUAGUGUAGAAUCGGCGCAUGUUAGGUAGAAUGUUGCUCAGAUGUAUCUGACAAACACUCUAUGCCAAAUUAUCUGUUUUGGGGCUUAGCAGACCAGCAUGGUUUUAAUUACAAGCCACAAAUACAGGCCAAUUUGUCCCAACCCCUUUAAUGCUAUUAUUAAAUGAGAAACAUUAGACUCUAAAAUCAAGUGGUGCAUGGAAAUAUUAGUAAGCCAAUCCCCUUUAACACUACAUGCGAUUUCCAAAUGCUUGUGCAAUGCAGUCAGUGACAUAUGUGCUUAAUGUGCAAGUAACAGAGCUAAUGCAUCAAAUAUAUCUGUCUAUAGAAAGGGAAUGAAAUCAAGAGAGCAGCCCAGUGGCAAUACAACCAUAUCAAGUAGUUAACUGCACUGAUGAUUUUUAUUUUAUUUUAUUUUUUACCAAAAGGGCUUUGGAUCAAAGUGAAAACCAAUUAAGAACUUAAGAGUCCAUAUGGGUAAUGUAAAUACCUGUAUGUAGACUAUAUGCAUAAAAUGCAAGUGACAUACUUACUGACAUUUUUAUAUAUUCAUAUUAAUAUUUAAAGCAACAAUGUUGGAAGAAAAUGUAUUGUAUUGAAUGUUAAUGUAUUUCAUCUCAAUGACAGGCCUGGCGGCAGAGCUGAGAAUGCGGUUACAUUGUUUAGUAUAGGGUUAAUGUCAUAAUAAUAUGUCUGUGCUACUAUGAUGUCAUAAUGUCAUUAACACGGUCUUUGGUUUUUAAACAGUUAAGAAGGGAUUUUAUUAUAAUUUGGUUGGCAAAAUCUCUUUUUUACAUUGUGAAAAUAGGGGAGAGGCUACAAUACAGAUUUUUUUGGUUUGAAAAAAUGGGGGUCCUGAUAUGUUAUUACCUCUGAAACCCACUGGAUAACUAUGCAUAAUCAAAAUGUGUACAUAUAUACACAAACAUGUUUGUACAUGUGAAUUCCAAAAAUCAGAUGUUUUGCCAGUUUUACCAGUCCUGAAAAGAGACAGAUUUGUUUUGCUCAGACCAUGCCAUCCUGGGGUUUCCUCUUCUCAGGGUGCCCUGUCAGUGCUCACUUGUACUGAGUGACCUCAACAACUGAUUUCGGGCCAGUUUUCCUUUCAUCCUGUCAUGUCUUUGCCUGUUCUGGUUAAGAUUUGAAAUUGAAAAAAAAAAAAAAAUGAUGAUGAGAGUUCUAUGUUUUUAAGGGCAAAGAUCGUGAUGGCUUGUCAGUCAUCAAGCUUUUGGACCAUGCAUCAUUCUUGAUGCAUAUUGCCUUUGUGGGACCGAAUGUGUCCAUAAAUGCUGAUCAAGAAUGUGUUUAUUUAUAUAGUGAUGUGAGAAUGUGCAGAGCAUGUUACAUUGAAGCCCUAAAGCAAAUGGAUUGCAUCAUUAACUCAUGUUUUAGAGGAGGAACAAGGAUGAUAUUCUCAAGGAUGAUGUUUUCCUGUCUGUAUAUUCUAAAUGUCCUGUGGUAAAAAAAAUAAUGACAUGAUGUAUGAAACUAUAAUAACAUUUUUUUUUCUUAGUAUGCAGGUGCUGGAUAGCCUGUUAAUGAUAAUUAAAAAAAAACUACUCAGUUACAUAUCGCAUUAUUAUGAUAUUAUUCUGAGAUGGAUUACCACUAUCAAUGAUAAUCUUAAUUUAAGUACAAAGGCUGAGAAUACUAAUGCACAUGGGAUGACAGGAGGUCUCUGAAAGAUCUGUCGUUUUUUUUUUUUUUGUACUCUUGCUUUUGAUUGUUUCUGUUUAUUUUGGUUGUUGUUUGGCACCACCUGGUGGCCAUAGCACUAUAUUGUCUUUAUAUGUCGGUUACAGCGUAAAUUUAAAUGAUGUUCAGUCAAACCUUGUUGACAUUCUGGAUGAAGUCAGUAACGAAGGUCACUCGCUGACCCACGUUGGCCAUUUAUUUUUCUUUCCUGUUGGUUUAUUAUGCCUCCUAAACUAAUUUAUUGCAAAAUUGACUAUAACUUUGGUUUUACAUCAACAUUUCUUUCUUGUUGCAAAUGGGUUUAUCUACAAGCGUGUGUCUCUGUUGGUUUAUUAUAUGGGCCUAUUUAUCUCUGUCUAUUUGUAUCCACGGUUACAUUUGUUCACACUGACAGAUCUUCCAAACCCCAUGGUCUCCUGCAGCGAUUGUGCAAUAAAUUGAGGUUUAUAUUUUUUAAA